GGCCGCCCUCUUAUACCGCCCAUCGGCCCCUCUCCACCCGCCGCUUCUUCUCUCUCGCCACCAUGCAGACCGACCGCGACGCUGUCUCCAUCUCCCGCGCCAGAUCCGUUUCGCGCGCCAGUAAACAUGGCUCGACCGUCUCGCGCUCCCAGUCGCUCAUCAAGAAGAGCAUCGCCCCUCAUGACCUCCGCCCGUCCGACAUCCUCAUCGAGCGGUUCACCGCGUGGAAGAUCAUCGUGAAGCAGCUCAUCGCGUACUUCGAAGGCAUUGCGGAUAUCCAGAACAACGUUGCGCGCGAAAUGACGAAGUUGGCGGGCGUCAUCCAGGUCCCGUUCCGUUCGGGCAACCAGUUUUUGGGAGAGGCCGGGCUUCAGGAUAUCUACUACGGCAUACGAGACAGGACGCGCGCGAUCGCAGAUGAAUAUGCCAACCUUGGUCGGACCGUCGACGGUUCCAUAGUGCAGCAUCUCCAAAAGCUUCGCGCUGAGAUUAAGGCCCAUAUCAAGAACAUCCAGAACGACACGGGCAAGCUCGCCACCGCAGUCGCCAAAGAGCGUGAGCUCUCCGCAAAGCUUAUCGGCGAUCUCGGGACGAACAUCUCGAUACUCAAGAAUACACCACUCAGCGUUACCUCAAAGUCGGAUCCGUAUGUCGCGAACCAGGUCGUCGGGCGACAACUCGUGAAGCAGGUUCACACCGAGAACGCCCUCCAGAAGUCCCUACUUCUGACGCAAGCAUCAUCGGCCGUCUUCGAAGCUUCCUUGAUUCAGGCUCUCCAGUCCGCUUGGUCGACGUAUGCGGAAUGGCGAACGCGCAUGGACACGAACAUCCGGGAGACGUGGAACUCUAUGGAGCGCGACAUGUCCGCGCUGCCCCCUGACAGGGAGUGGAUCGCCUUCGCAGCGAGGGAGGACCACCUCGUUGACCCUGAGACGCCGCUGCGCGACCCACAGCACAUCGUCUACCCAUCGAAGGAGGACCCUUCCGUCAUCCCCGUGCAUAUCGGCCUCCUGGAGCGGAAGAAACGCUACACGAGGGCGUACCGCGAGGCCUACUACGUGCUCACGCCCGCCGGAUUCCUGCACGAGUACGUAUCCUCGGACCCUGCGCUUGCGGACAAGCCCGCCUGGAGCUUGUUCCUGCCCCUGUGCACCCUCGGGCCUCCGUCGGCGCCCAGCGCGAAGAGCCACAAGUUCCACAUCGAGGAGCGCAAGGACGGCAGCGGCUCGGUCAAGACGGGAUCCUUCAAAGGACUGGGCCGAUCGCUGACGGGGCGAGGCAGCAACAGCGGCCGUGCGUGGGCAUUCCGGGGGCGCUCGCACGACGACAUGAUGGAGUGGUGGAACGACAUACGGAUGCUCUGCGCGCGGUACCUCGUCGCGAGCGAGCAGAUGGAACGCAGUGGCCCGGUCGCGGCUGCUGACGAGGAUGAGGGCUCGAGUGUGGAGGAGGAGCAGGACGUGGAGGACGACGAGGUGUACGAACAGGCGAGGGAUAUGGGCGAGGGUGACGACGAAGCGGGCCCGCCGGAGUACACGCAUGCGGGAUAUACGACGGAGUUUGGCCCGAACGGAUACCCCGUGGAUAAGAAACCUCACGUAGAUGGCCACGCGGCUUCGGGGGGCGCCAACGUCUCGAGGCGACCCAGCAAGAGACAGCAGGAGAAGGCUCCUGAGGGGAAGCCGCCUCGAGUGACGGACGAUGAUGAAGCUGCCGAGGGUGCGAAUACGAACGACGCACCCUCUGGAGCAGGUCCUGCACCUGUUGAAUCUCGUUUCACGGAAGGUUUGUAGGUGUUAGAUGGUCUUUGUGUCAUGACAUAGUUAUGCUGGCUUCAAUGUGUCAAUUAUUAUUUUGUACUUGUGUGAUAUCAUCACAACAAUUGAUCAGAGUGACUUCACAUAAUCACUCAUUGAUCAAUAUUCAAUGGUGAAAAUGACUGCACAAGGAACAUCACCAAUGGAAUAUGACA